AUGUUGUCAGCUUCCCUUCUUUCCAUUGCGGCUUUGACCGUGCCAACUGUUCUGGCAGCUUCCCUCCGUGACCAACUUCCAGGAGUCCCAGCAGGAUGGUCUGUCUCAGGUACACCUGAUGCUUCCCAGUCAAUCACUCUGAAGCUUGCAGUCAAGCAACAGAAUAUUGACCAGCUCGAGGGCCUCUUGAAGUCGGUCUCUGACCCAUCAAGUCCCAACUAUGGAAAAUACUACACCGCCGCUCAGGUCAACGCUCUCUUUGCACCAUCUACCGGCUCUGUUGAUGCCGUGACUUCGUGGGCCAAAUCAUCUGGACUGGAGAACAGCCUCGAUCGUGGUCUGCAUGUCACUAUCAAGACAACUAUCGGCGACGCCAACAAGGUCUUCGGAGCAAACUUCACAACCUUCAAGGACGAGUCCACGGGUGUUGAGAAGUUGAGAACGCUCCAAUACAGUGUUCCUGAUGAGAUCUCGAACCACAUCGACUUUGUUUCGCCAACUACUUUCUUCGGACGUACCGAUGCACAAAGUGCUCUCAGACUUCCAGAGAACGUUGGUAUUGAGAGACGUGCAUCGGUGUCGGGGCCGCAAUCUGACCUGGCCAAGCGUGUUACUACUUGCGUCUCACACUCAGCUCGUGGAACCGCUUACCUAGGACCUGAUUGCUGGAAGCAAGUCUUGAACAUUACCUAUGUUCCCGAUGCUUCCAGUGGCAGCCGCAUCGGCUUCGGCAGUUUCCUGAACGAAUCGGCCAUUGAAGCCGAUCUCUUCCUCUACGAACAGAAGUACGGUAUCCCUAAGCAGAGUUUCAACGUCACCCUCAUCAACGGUGGCGUCAACCACCAGGAGCCCGAAUACACCAGUAUUGGCGAGGCCAACCUCGAUGCACAGAACAUCUUUGGUCUGGCUCACCCUCUUCCAGUAACCGAGUUCAUUACCGGAGGCUCGCCUCCUUUCAUCCCCAACUUGGAUGAGCCUACUGAGGCCGACAAUUCUAACGAGCCCUACUUGGACUACUACGCAUACCUUUUGUCUCAGCCUAACGAGGCUCUUCCUCAGGUCAUCUCCAACUCAUACGGAGAUGAUGAACAGACCGUCCCUAUUAAUUAUGCCACAUAUGUCUGCAAUCAAAUCGGUAUGAUGGGUCUUCGUGGUAUCACUAUCCUCGAAUCUUCAGGAGAUACAGGAGUGGGAGCCCCUUGUCAGUCAAAUGACGGCAANAANACUCCUCAAUUCACUCCAGCCUUCCCCGGUACAUGCCCCUACGUGUCAGCAAUUGGGGGUACCCAAAGCUUGGAUCCAGAAAUUGCAUGGGAUGGAUCAACUGGUGGGUUCAGCAACUACUUNCCCCGUGCAUGGUACCAGGAAGCUGCCAUCGAGACCUACCUCGGUUCGUAUGUCAGCAAAAGUGUCCAGGAGUACUACACUCCCUACACCAACUUCAGCGGACGUGGAUUCCCUGAUUUCUCAGCCCAUAGUUCGAAUCCUUACUGGCCUGUUUUCGCCAACGUAGGUUAUAUCUUCUCCACCAGCUAUGACCUCCUCUUUGCUAACACACCUAUANNGGGUGUCCUUGCUCUCUAUUCUGGAACCUCUGCUGCAGCUCCCGCUUGGGCCGCUAUGAUUGGUAUGCUUAAUGAUGCUCGCUUCAAGGCCGGUCAGCCGGCCCUCGGUUUCGUCAANCCCCUAUUCUACUCCUUGAAGUCAGGCUUCCUGGACGUCACUAAGGGUGCCGCCACCGGUUGCAACGGUGUCAACGCUCAGACUGGUGCUAAGAUUCCUGGCGCUUCGAUCAUUCCUUGGGCUACCUGGAACGCNAACAGUCGGCUGGGACGCAGUUACAGGUUUGGGUUUGCCAAACUUCGCACCUACAAGAUCGAGUGCGGCACUGACCACGCUGGUGGUGUCUUCUCGCAGGUCUACGUCAACGGCACCGACAGACUCAACAACUGCAUCAUGGCCUGUGAAGGUACUGCUGGUUGUAUCGACGUCCAGCUCUCUGGUACUACCUGCUACCUCAAGGGUGCCGUCGGAACCGCAGUCUCCAAGCCUGGUGCCGUCGGCGCUCGUCUCAUCUCUCAACCCGUUGGUCUUCACGCCCAGCUCACCACCACUGUUUCCUGCCCUAGCUGGAACAACACCAUUUACAACUCUACCUCUGGUUCUCAGUACUUUGUCGAAUGUGGUGUUGACCACCAAGGCGGUGACCUCAAAUUGGUCUACGUGAAUGGCGGCAUCAAGAGCUGUGUUGCUGCUUGCGAGCAGACACCUGGUUGUAUUGAUGCUUCGCUCUCUGGCUCAUCCUGUUACCUUAAGAGCAAGGUCGGCAAGGCCGUACCAAACUCGAAUGUCUUCGGUACCCUUCUGAUCUCCCAUAAGGGUAACUCGACUGCGUAG